CUAUUUCUUGGGUUCACAGUGGGAAUACAAUGCUGAAGAAAAGGCAAAAAACGAUAGCUUAGAUCAGCCAUGAAAGUCGUUGUAAUUUUGUUACGUUAUUGCGCAUCGAAGAACCUUUGCAAGCUGGUCUUUUCUAUCGCAUUUAUAAACACCUCAACUAGACAAACCUAUCAGCUUAUAUGCACAAAAAGAAGCGCGUUGGAAGAAAAAAAAUGCACCAGAACAGCUGUUGACCACUGCGCUGGCUAUACGUAAUCGUCGCGAAUUUGUGGUCGUCAUUUCUAGGGAUUCAUCGGUAGUUUACUUCUAGACAUCGAACUACCAGACUGGUUCAGUGUCAGUGCGGUUGUCGAACGGUUAUGAACACAUGCGGUAUCGUUGCUGCGAUUCAUGCAACCAAGAAGCGAAGGAUCAUUUGGUGAAAAAGCACCAAAUUAUAAAACAAUUAGUACAAUUAAGAUUGUCGAAUCUUAAUCGGACAUCCAAAUUUCGCAGUUAGGUAGGGUCGAGCUAAGUGCGUCUCCCCAUCAUAAUGAAACGCGCGUGCAUGAAGCAGUUGCCACUGGAAAGGUUGGGUUUCGGAUUCCUACUCAUAUUCCUGGUGGCAGCGAAAGUCGACGGGCUGCCGAGAAUCUUUCGAAGUAACGAAAUAUGUGGAGUUUAUAACGGACAUCGAGUGUAUCUUGAACUCGGAGAUAGAGGACAACUGCAGGCGAGCAAUGUGACCGUAUUGCAACAAACAAACAAAACCAUUCCAACUAUUUGCACCCUAGAACUGGUCACAUGUCCUUCGUGUAACUUGAAAAUCUCAUUAAGUUAUUCCAAUUUUCCCACCAAAUGCGCCAUACGGAAUGAGUCACCGUGUCGGUGCGAUUAUCUGGAGUUCUCCGAACCGCCCUUCGAGCUGGACCAGUCUGGGCGGCGCAACUGUGGCAAUGACGUAAUUUACCAGUCGCAAACACGGUCGGCCCUAAUUAGAUUCAUACACUGGAAUAACCACAGCCAUGCGUUCACCCUGGAGUAUGUAGCGGAAAGAAAUCGUGAAUCGUUGCAGGGAAUCCCGGGUCAGGUUCAUAAUCUAACCGGGGCGCAGUCUAAAAUAAUAACGACCCCUUUCUUUCCGUCCUACUACCCACGGGACUUUGGUAAAGAAUAUGUGCUCAGCUGUGCGAUCGAGAAUUGCAGAAUCAACGUUAUCUUCAGUGAUUUCCAGCUGGCCAAAACGUCUACGAUGGAAUUUUAUGACUGGAAUGGGCAGAGAUUGAGUGCAAUUUCCGGGGUGAGCUUCCGGCCUCCGGUAGUGCAAAGUAGUGGCCCAUCGAUGAUUGUUCGGUUUUUUGCCAACGGUGGGUCGGGUCUUGGUUAUCGGGCGAAGGUAUCGUUUUUGACGGUGGAAAAUGCCGCCAAUCCUGCCAUGAUGCCAGAUACAAAUUGUGGCGGCAUGGUGGAAAACAUUGGUGGUGCGAUAACGAUGAUGAAUAUGGUUUCAAACGAGAAUGAUAGUAGGAUUUUUGACUGCAUUUGGCUGCUGAAGCCUCCGAAUACGUACGCCCAUCUGAAGACGCAUUUGUCGCUGAAGAUUAACACGCUGGAGAAGAUGGGGGCACGAUCAUUACUGACGGUCAUUCAGGGUACUACUUCGAAUAGUCCAAUAAUGGAUGUUGUGAGGACUGGUUCCUCAGCUGAGGGACGUAAUUAUGUCGUCCCUUUGACGUCUGGAUUUUACAUACACUUGAGGGGCACUUUUGGGCAAAUGUCGAGGAUAGCUCUGGUGUAUGCGGCGUUUAGUUAUCUGGACUGCUACAUGGGCUCGGAGUUCCUCUGCCAGAACAGAAAGUGCAUUCCUGUUCAGUUGCACUGUGAUGGAUUUGAUCAUUGUGGUGACGGCAGUGAUGAACCGGAAAGCUGUGAAGCCCAGUGGGAAACGGAAACGAUCGAUCGCCGCUGGUAUUCACACACACCGAACUAUUAUUUUCCGAAGAUUGAACGAUAUCCGGAUCUUCGCACGGCAACCACGAUCUUCAUAGCGAGUUCGCUUGGUUUGAUAUCGUUGAUUUCGGCGCUGGUAAUUCUGCUGUAUCGAUCGGGGAAUCGUGCGCGGCAGCAGCGAGAGCUGCAAAGUCAUCUGCAAACCAUAAGCGAGUUACUAGUAAAUGUCAUUCAAGCAGAUAACAAUAACACUCGAGGCUCUGAAGAGGUAGAUGAACCUCCGAUGUACGAAGCUCCGCCCGAUUAUGACGAAAUAAUAAAAGUGGGAAUGGAGGACGACAUCAAGCGGAAGCGCAGAAGGAGCUCUUCGUCUGCUUCGGGACGACGCAGCCGCAUGAGACGAUCGCGCAGAUCGAGCGUUGUUUCCGACAGUCACAAUCCCAUACUGGAGGUUUGUCUGCCGCCAGAAACAGGCGCAGACCCAUCGAGUAGCGGAUCAAUGCUGCAAGUUCCCCGUGGAAGUGAGCUUUGCCAAAUGUCCGACCAAGACGAAGACGAUUUGCAGGAACAGGAUGUAUUUAUGUCCACUCGCAUUCUAGAAGCUUCAGCGUCAGGUUCGCAGAUCCAGGCUUUCGGAGAGGCCGGUCCCUCGACGGGCUUUGCGCCAUUCGGUAGCUCAUCGAAUGACCCGCCGUUGUACGAUGGGUCGCAACGUAGCCGAAAUGACGCCAUACUUCGCUCAGGCUCCAAUUCGGACAGCAUUUCGCGAGGCUUCACUGAGGAGGCACCUGUAAUAACACUGUCUCUCAAUGACUGUCCUCAAAAGACGACCGACUCUGGAUCACUCCCACCGGAUAACACGUCUUCUUCCAAUUGCAACAGACCUCAGCACAUUUGGAGUGAAAGUUCUCGCAGCUAUCGACCAUGGUUGGCAUUCAAUAACGAAGAUUUGCAAACACCGAAUUCCACUUCUAGUUCCAACACUGCAAUGCCCCUGGAUCAUCCGAAUCGUUAUAGAGCAUUUGACGCAGAAGAUCUCGGCCAAUUCCAGGAAAUUAGUGCUUACCAAUUAGCAUUUGGCUCGGUUCAUAAUCAAGAGUUGCGAUCGUCUGGAAAUAGUUGCAACAACCUCGAGUCCUGCUCGAGUGGUAUCAGCUUCUCACAGCUUCCACCAGCGGUUCCCUGUCAGAAAGGAACGACAGCCUGCAAUUCAUUAAACGGAUUGGACUAUAUCUCCCGUAACUGUCCCUGCUGUCGGGAUUCAUUCAAUGUGCAUAACAGCUCCCAGUGUAGAAAUCAACCCACCGUACCACCCGUCAUCUGCUCGACUUGUGGUGGGAAAAUCUCAUUACAGGAAAGUUCAACUUCAUGCGCUGGAGAUUCAACAGUGCAACCAACUUCGGAAAACGAUAAUAAUGCGCCAAACCCGGCUGUUAGGCUGUGCAACUGUUUCCCAAAGUUUUCCUCGAAAAAUAGGAUCAUUCGUAUGGGGCUGGCCAAUGCGAUGGCCCCAAGGCCGCUGUCCGUCGAUCAGAUCGAAGAUGGCUCUCGUAGAAGCGUUGCCACUCUCACCAGUGAUUUUGAGGCAUUCUUCAACUCCCACAUUGGCAUUCCAAACUGUGUUAGAAAGCAACAAUUGUGAUAGGCGUUCGGAUAUAUUCGGUAUCAAACGGGCGCGGCAAGUUGGAACGAAUAUUUCCUUAUGUACUGAUGAUCGUUUAAUAGUUCUAACAGUAAUAAAAAAUAGCUAUCUUUUGUUUCUAACCACUAAGGUAAUGUCUUCUCUCUCUCAGAGUAAAUAAAGAAAAUAUUUUCAUCUAAGGAAAAAUUG